AUGCCUUUUUUUCUUGCACCCAACCAGCCGAAGCGGAGAAAGAAAACCGGGGCCUACCCCACGCUGACACUACCAGGUCUGGAGGCGCUACUUACACAACAAGUAAGAAACUAUCCCCCCCGGAUCCCUACAGACGCCCACGCCCAAAUGCCAGCAAUGGGCCGCCGCUCCCAGAAAUCGGGGGCGUUGGACCACAGGGACAUAGAGACACUGUUCCACCGACCGGCACAGCCCAAAACUGCACCCGCGGAAAUCCCGCGACCAACCAACCACAACAACCCGGGAGAAGAAACAGGGUCUGACCGCUUACCGGCCGCCCAAUCGAGGCCGCAUGAAAUCCCCACUGACUCCACACCGACAACCAGGCAGGACCUAAAGGACUUCCACAAAAUUCUGGCGGCGGAACUCGCACCAAUAAAACAUGACAUGAAGGCCAUCACUGACCGAGUGCAGGCCUCAGAAACAGAUAUAGCGGAUAUGUGA